AUGCCGGCUCCUGUCCGGCCACUCACUGUCCCUUCAGCACCUCGCCAGGCGACCCCAGUACCGACACGCACAAUGCCUCCCAACAACAACAACAACUUUGGAAGAUUGGCACAAUAUGUCCGUGGCUCGUCCGAACCCGAACCAAACGCCUUGCAACAAAACAACAACCCUAAAACCGUUGCCCGUCAGCAGAGGGAGAGGGACGACAUCCCCCCAACCGCAACCGCAACGACAACGACAUACUAUCCCCCAGCAUCUAACCCCAACACUCGCCUGUCUAUAGCCGAAGCGGCCAAGAUUCCCCUCCCCAAGCCGUCGCCUCAGCGCGGGCCAGGACCAGGCUUGCACCACCUGCGGCAACCUAGCAAUGCAAGCAUGCCUCCGCUCGGGUCGCCUCCCUCCCUGGCUCUUCCCAACCCUCAGCAUGCACCAUCAACCGCGCGUCGACGGCGCAGCAACUCGGUGGAGAAAGAGCCUGGCAUCUGGUCUCCCUCCUUACCUUCCAACUUGGCAACGCCUUUCGACUCGCCAAAAUCAAACGCCGAACCGCGGAUUGAUAGGCAGUACUCGACCCGACACGGGCACGGACACGGACACGGACACGGACACGCAAAUAUCCCUCCAACAAUGCACGCCGCUGGGGAUGUCUAUCGCGAUAGCACGACCCCUCCCCCGCUUGCUCGGGGCAUCGAUGAUCCCUUGGAUGUGGUCGAACCCCGAUACGGACACAGCACUACCACGUACCAAGGUCUACACAAUACUAGGCAGACCGGUUCGACAUGGCAACAAAACGGGACUUUUCCCAAUGAGGCCAUUGGGUUCUUGUCUUCGCCUAAGAGGCACCCAGUCAAACUUGCGAUCCACGACGCAGGCCUUAGGAGGCCAUAUGUCGUCGGGAACGAAGAAACUACUGGGAUGCAAGUGAACGGCCGGCCAUCAUCGCCCACGCUCAACCGAUUCUCGCGCGGCUUCACGACGUACGAGGAGCAGCCGAGAGAGCCCCAACACACCGCCAUCGUCCGCCGCCGCGACGCACUGGAAGGCGACCUCCGCAGCGACUAUCCAGUGAGCGACAUGGGCGACAUGGGCGAGAAUGACGACGACCACGACGAGGACGACCGGGGCACGCCUCGCGCCAAGACCAAGACAGAAAGGACGACCCGGGGGGCAGACGGCUUUCUCGACAGCUCUCCGCGGUUGCGCACGGGGAGCCUGAGCCUGGCCGACAAAAUUGCCCAGAGCAUCAAGAAGCGGACGCGCGACAGUUGCGACUACGAGGACCAGGCGCUCAUGCAGAUGAGCUACUCCGAACUGAAAACCCAGCCCUUUGACCUUCAUCCGGUGCAAGUCGCUCCCGGCGGAGCCGCCGCCAACGGCGUCUCGGUCGGCGAGAGCCUCCCCGAGAAGCUGGCGCACUUCCGAAGCAGGGGCGGCGAGGAACAGAGGCAGUUCUUCACGCAGAUGAGCUUGCAGGACUGGGAGCGCUCGGGCGACUGGUUCCUGGAGCAGUUCGGCGUCGUGGCGCAGAAACUCAAGGAGGCUCGGCAAGGGAAGCGGGCCACGGUGCAGUCGUUUGAGGACGAGAUCGCCCGUCGCGAGGAGUCGGUCCGUCUGCGGACUGAGGAUAUCAAUAAGAGGCUCGGCGAGAUCAAGCAUAAAGGUGAAGACAUGCUCGCCGGGAAGGGAAUUUGA